UCAAUCUUUGACGUUAUCAUUGCUUAUAGGUGUUAUUGUUGUUUUUAUAUCACUGAUUACAUUUUCGUCUUUGAAUCGACUGAUACGGUUGCAAUGAUUGCUAAAGCCAUACAGCUGGAAAACGCUGAAUCACUGGGAUUUUCUGAUACUGUUCACAUCAGCUACUGGAACUACUGGCUUCUACUGCUGUUGAUAAUGGGCAUUCAGACUAAGCUUUCUUCAAAGAGUCUGUCAACAUGGAUUUUUCUUUUUCUUUUUUUGGAAUUGGAAACUGAACUGAAAAUUAUUAUGCAGGAUACGGUUAUUGUUUUUGAACUAUUUUUAUGCAGAUCCAUGUUACUUGGAUUUAUUUUCGGGUCCAAAAAUUUACUUGUCAUAUUAACCAGCAGUUGUCGAAAUGCGUCCGCAAAAGACAGCAGAAGAUUUCGUCAAUUUUUGGAAAAGAUAAAGCUUGGUCGAAUUAUUGCACAGUUCUAA